AUGGCCGUGGAUGCUGUCUUCUUCGAAGGCGAGGACGACGCGGACGACCCAUGGCGCGUCUCGUCAGAUGAUGACGUGCCUCUGUUGAAGAGGCGGCUGCGUCACAGCCUAGGCGUGUCCCGGAAAAAAAACCCGGGUGCUGCCUCUCGGACGACGACAGCCCGGAUGAGGAGCGGCGACCCCGCGUCCCUUGCUGCUGACAAGGGGAAGGCUAAGGUGGUUGAGGUUCCUGCUAAGGUCGCCCCUCGCGUCGGACAGAGCAAGAAGAAGUGGAAGGACGAUGGCGACCCGGGUUCAAGCAAAGGCGCGAAGAGGCAGAAGAAGAAGGCUGUCAAGAACAAGGACGACAUCUUGGUAAACGAGGCGCAGGGCAGACGCUGGAGCGCGCAGGCUGCAGCGGGCAUGUACAAGGGCGCUGCGAAUUCUCGCAAGCGCAUGCAUGGUGGCAGGCCGCCACUCCACCACCACCCCGACAUGGAGGCGGGCGCUGUACCGAUACAUCUGCCUGCAAUCGCGCGAAAUGGGGUUGGCGAUCUCGGUCAAGGACACGCAGAGGAAAGUGGAGCCGGGAGUGGAAUGAAGAAGCACCACCCCGGGGAAGAACUGGAACGCGAGCUCCCACUGGAGCCAACGUUUUCCGCGACCGCUGGAAUCGUCGUCAUGCGGGUGAAGACAAAGGUUGGCCAGCGGUUGUCGGCUGGUGAGUGGUUCUAG